CCAACAAUCUCUAUUUGACUUCCAUUUUUCCCCAUUGUUAUCGUUACAGUUUACACACACUUAACCGUGUUUCUCUCUGUGUGUAUGUUAAAAAGUUUGUUACAUUUCUGGUACUCUCAAAAAUAUCUGCUUCUGUAUAUUAGAUCUCAACUGUUUCUCUCUCUCUAAAACUCUCUCUCUAUAUCUCUAUAUCACACACAGUUAUACACCUUCUACUAUGUGUUUUAUUCUUAUUCGAUCGAAAACUAGCUCUCACGAAUCCGAAAUGCUCAAAAGUGACAGAUUCGAUGUUGUAAUCGAGCUAUAGAUACAGCUCGGAUUUGAAAUCUGUUUGUGUAUUGAUUGUAUUGAAGAUGCUGGAUCUCAAUGUUGAUUUAGUAGUAUCGGUUGAUGAAUUUGGUGAAACUCGUAAUACGAUUGACUUUGAAACUGAGAAGAAUGUUCUGGAAGAUCGUCAAUCGGAUUCGGUUUCAUCAGACGUAUUAAACGCUGAAGAUGAUCCUCCUGUGGUCAAUGCUGCUGGUGGUGAUGAUGACGAGAUGUUGUAUAAUGUUGAGAGAUGUUCGUAUCGGUUUAGUGUUAUUGAUCGGUUAGGAAAAGUAGUGGAAGGAGUUUCGGAUGGAUCGGAGUGUGGUUUGAUUACGAGGCAGUUUUUUCCGGUUGAGAUUGAUGAGGAGGAGUUAGGUUCUCGAUCAGUAUCUUCGGCGACGGUUGGAAAGUCGUUGUUAGGAUCGCACUGGUUGAAUCUGAAGGUUCCGGAGCCUGCUCAGGCGUUGCAGAAUCUGCCGGUGCCGCCGCUGCGGCAGGCGAAGAAAAGUCGACGUGGACCGAGGUCUCGAAGCUCACAGUAUCGCGGUGUGACGUUUUACCGGCGGACUGGUCGUUGGGAAUCACAUAUCUGGGAUUGUGGGAAACAAGUGUAUUUAGGUGGAUUUGAUACUGCCCUUGCUGCAGCUAGAGCUUAUGACCGAGCUGCUAUCAAAUUCCGGGGAAUCGAUGCGGAUAUCAAUUUUCAUGUAAAAGAAUAUGAGGAAGAUAUGACACAGGCGAAGAAUCUUUCAAAAGAAGAAUUCAUUCAUAUACUGCGUAGGCAGAGCACCGGAUUCUCUAGAGGCAGCUCGAAAUAUCGAGGAGUGACUCUUCAUAAAUGUGGCAGAUGGGAGGCGCGUAUGGGUCAGCUUCUAGGGAAAAAGUAUGUAUACCUUGGAUUAUUCGACAAUGAAGUGGAAGCUGCAAGGGCCUAUGACAAAGCUGCCAUUAAAUGUAAUGGCAGGGAAGCUGUGACCAACUUUGAGCCGAGCAUCUACGGGGCGGAUAUAGGUAUGGAAGCCAUGAAUCAAGGGAUUGGUGAUAAUCUCGAUCUAAACCUCUGUGUGUCAACCGCGAAUGACAGUCAAAAGGAGAAAAAUGAUGUUCAGAAGGUGGAUAUCUGCUUUAAAUCUUGUGACUUACCUUCAGAGAAAAGACUUAAGGUUCAGGCGCAUCCUCAAGCUAUUAUUGGUCGACAAACAGCUGUAUCCAAUCACUAUCCGCUAUGGCCUAACAUGUAUUCUGGUUUUACACCAAAUUUUGAGGAAGUAGCGAAAGCAAAUGGAUCUACAAGUAUUCUUUCUGCACCAGCAUCAGGAGUCUCAAACCCAACAUGGCAAACGCAAAUGCAAAUGCAAAUGCAAACACAAAUGAGGAGAAGCCAGGGUGUGACUCUCCCAAUUCCAGUUUCUUACAAUACAGCCGCAGCAGCAGCAGCAGCAUCAUCAGGAUUCUACACUAAUAAUCACAUUGGUUAAAACCAAAACUCACUGCCAUCUGUCAUUUCUACUUUUGUUUUGUGUGUAUAAACUACAAUACAAUAUAAACUGGAUAUUGUUCUUUGGAACUUGCUUUCAAAGUUGUAUGAAAAAGAAAAAGUAUACCAUUUAGUAAUUUUCAUGUAACAAUACACUGUUUUUGAUA